AUGGCCUCCGCUAGAGAUAUUCGUCCCCGCCAGGACGACCUUGCUGCUCAGGCUCAAUACCUCUCCACCUCUCCUUCAGCUUCCUUCCACUCUCCCUCCAGCCACGGCUCAGCACUUACCCGAACAAUCCCCGUGCUCAAUGCCAAGCACUUGAAGCCCUUUGCGACAGAGGAUAUCAAGGUCCUGCUUUUGGAGAACGUGAAUCAGACUGGUCGUGAAUUGCUCCAGCAACAAGGCUACCAGGUCGAAUACCUAAAGUCUUCGCUUCCUGAGGACCAACUGAUUGAGAAGAUUCGUGACGUUCAUGUCAUCGGUAUCCGAUCAAAGACCAAGCUCACUGAGCGAGUCUUGAAGGAGGCUAAGAACCUCAUUGUUAUCGGAUGUUUCUGUAUUGGUACUAACCAGGUUGACCUUCAAUAUGCCGCUGAGCAAGGUAUUGCCGUUUUCAACUCCCCAUUCAGCAACUCGCGCAGUGUUGCCGAGCUGGUGAUCGGUGAGAUCAUUGUUCUUGCCCGCCAAUUGGGUGACCGCUCCAACGAGAUGCACAAUGGUACCUGGAACAAGGUUAGCAACAAGUGCUGGGAGAUUCGUGGCAAGACACUGGGUAUCAUUGGUUACGGUCACAUUGGUGCCCAAUUGUCCGUAUUGGGAGAGGCUAUGGGUAUGUCUGUCAUCUUCUAUGAUGUUGUGAACCUGAUGUCUCUGGGUACAGCUCGCCAGGUCGAGACCCUGGAUGAGCUUCUGAGCCAGGCUGAUUACGUUACCUGCCACGUUCCCGAGCUUCCUGAGACCAAGGGUAUGAUUGGCAAGGCUCAAUUCGAGAAGAUGAAGACUGGAAGCUACUUGAUCAAUGCCAGCCGUGGUACCAUCGUUGAUAUCCCCGCUCUCAUUGAUGCUAUGCGCAGCGGUCGUGUUGCUGGUGCCGCCUUGGAUGUUUACCCCAACGAGCCUGCUGGCAACGGCGACUACUUCAACAGCGAGCUGAACGAAUGGGGCACUGACCUUCGCUCCUUGAAGAACCUGAUCCUCACUCCCCACAUUGGUGGUAGCACCGAGGAGGCUCAGAGUGCCAUUGGUGUGGAGGUUGCCCAGGCCCUGACCCGAUACGUCAACGAGGGUACCACAUUGGGUGCUGUUAACUUGCCCGAGGUGGCUCUGCGUUCCUUGACCAUGGACGAGCCCAACCACGCUCGUGUUGUCUACAUCCACAAGAACAUUCCCGGUGUCCUUCGCAAGGUCAACGAAAUUAUUGGUGAUCACAACGUCGACAAGCAAAUGACCGACAGCAGAGGCGAUGUUGCCUACCUGAUGGCCGAUAUUAGCAACGUGAACGCCGCUGUGAUCAAGGACUUGUACGAAAGACUUGAGAGCCUUUCCUCCCGAAUUAUGACUCGCAUCCUGUACUAG